AUGCAUUUUACAGAGCUGUACCUCAACACCCAUCUUCUGUCAUUUCAUGACCUUUUACAUCUGCGAGACACGUCAACAAGCUCUAAAUCCCCGAGGGCUGAGAACGAGGCCUUCUCCAACAAGGCUGGUGGAACAAAUACUGAGGACACGGGACCUUCCAGCUAUGAUAUAGCCGUGGUGUCUCCACGGCCACGGGUCACUUGCACACUGCCACUCAGCACCAUCUCCGCUGUCACCUUACAACCCGAGUUGCCUCCGAGGGUACCAUACCUCGGUGGGGAUAUGAUCUGA